CAGCCAGCACCCAGGAGCACUGGAUUCUGGCUGCCUGCUUUGUAUCCCCACUGAGACCAUACCAUGCAGCCCCAGUCUGUCCUACACAGUGGCUACUUCCACCCACUGCUUCGAACCUGGCAGGCAGCCACCACCACUCUCCACGCCUCCAACCUCAUCUAUCCCAUCUUUGUCACGGAUGUUCCUGAUGAUGUGCAGCCUAUCACCAGCCUCCCAGGAGUGGCCAGGUAUGGUGUGAACCGACUAGAAGAGAUGCUGAAGCCCCUGGUGGAAGAGGGCCUGCGCUGCGUCCUGAUCUUCGGCGUCCCCAGUAGAGUCCCUAAGGAUGAGCGCGGCUCUGCAGCUGACUCUGAGGACUCCCCAGCUAUCGAGGCAAUCCGCCUGUUACGGAAGACCUUCCCUGGCCUCCUGGUGGCCUGUGAUGUCUGUCUGUGCCCCUACACCUCCCAUGGGCACUGUGGUAUCCUGAGCAAGAAUGGGGCAUUCCAGGCUGAGGAGAGCCGCCAGCGACUGGCAGAGGUGGCACUGGCCUAUGCUAAAGCAGGAUGUCAGGUGGUAGCCCCGUCGGACAUGAUGGAUGGACGCGUGGGAGCUAUCAAGGAGGCCUUGAUGGCACAUGAACUUGGCAACAGGGUGUCAGUGAUGAGCUAUAGUGCCAAGUUUGCAUCCUGUUUCUAUGGACCCUUCAGGGAUGCAGCUCAGUCCAGCCCAGCUUUCGGAGACCGCCGCUGCUACCAGCUGCCCCCUGGAGCACGAGGCCUGGCCCUUCGAGCAGUGGAGCGGGAUGUCCGGGAAGGAGCCGAUAUGGUCAUGGUGAAGCCAGGAGUGCCCUAUCUGGACAUCGUGCGGGAGGUGAAGAACAAGUACCCAGAGCUCCCUCUCGCUGUGUACCAUGUUUCUGGAGAAUUUGCCAUGCUAUGGCACGGAGCCCGGGCCGGGGCGUUUGAUCUCAAGGCUGCUGUCCUGGAGGCCAUGACUGCUUUCCGCAGAGCAGGUGCCGACAUCAUCAUCACCUACUACACACCUCAGCUGUUGCAGUGGCUGAAGGAGGAGUGAGAUACAGAGUACAAGACCCAAGAACUGGAAUGUAGAAUUCCUGGGACCUUGGAGAAGUGAAAACCAAAGUAAAUGCUUUUAGAACUGU